AUGGUGGUGCCGAGAGGGAAGGAUCACGGCGGCGUGUCUCUGCGGUCACGACAGGCAUCCGGACAGGGGAAUCAACGCUUCUACUUUGUGAACGUGCUGUCUGACUACGUGGCGGACCAUUAUCUAAUGCCCCAUGCUGGAAGUGGUGAUGUCUACCACGAGGCAUCCAUGUCUUUGCCACAACUUGACGCCAAGCCCACAAAGUUUCGGGACCUGCUUCUGCGCAUGUCUCUAAAGGAUGACUCUGCUUCGUCUCGGGCCCUCUUGUAUUCUAUUUUCUGCCUCUCGGCAGUACGGCGCUACGGAAACGUGCAGGAAUGUUCUCACUUCAAAACCCUGGCCCUUCAGGCACUUCAGCACGCUACCACCAAGACAACUCUCACUGUGUCUCAGAUUGCUUUGGGCGAUCAAGCCACUGUCUUCUGGGCCAUGUAUAUCUGCAACCUGCGCACAAUACUGGUUCAUGCAUUUGUAGACCCAUUGCCUGUGCUCUCCUUGAAUGCAGGCGAAAUAGCCGAUGCGUUCAUCCUCCUCCGCUACGUUCACUACCACGACGUUCUGGCCCAGUUUAGCAUAGACCAUUGGCGCCGUCCGGCGGAUCUGCUCGACCAGUUAUCGGUGAUGUUUAAAGGGAAGCAACUGAAAUUCCGCUGCUCUCAAGCAUCAGACAUUAAACUCGUCUUCCUGAAGACAGAAUUAGAGGAAGCCUUCAGCAAAAGCAAGAAAGCGUGCCGCAAUGCAGUGGAUAUGGACGGGUCGGAUCCCUCUGUCAACGUGGCGCUGCAGAGGUUCCUAUUUCUGUCCGCCUGUUGGAUUUACUUCCAGAGAGCAUGCAGGUAUCUUUCCGGUCCCUCAGUUACGAUGGACUCGCUGCUGGUCGACGUAUUUUCUAUGGCUUCGCAUAUCCAAAGAAUGGGCGUCCGCAUAACGCCCUUUUCCCUGUUUAUGAUCGGCAGCGAGGCGAGGACGGAAGAAAGUCGUCGCUCUAUCCUCGACCUCGUCAAUCAACCCCAAGGAAUAGACGAUCCGUCUACAAACUGUGUGAACCUCUUACUGUCGGCUGUCUGGGCACAGGAUGAUCUGCACGACAGCACUCAGGGCUAUCUAGACUACAUCACAAAGAUGGAAUGGGUUAUCACAGCACGGCCAGUUCUUCCAGCACUCGUGUGA